AUGAUACCAUUACAAAAUUCAACUAAAAUUUUUACAUCAUUCUUUAUAUUUGGACUACUAAACAAUAUACUCUAUGUCAUCAUUUUAUCGGCGGCUAUAGAUUUGGUUGGAUCUGCUACACCAAAGGGAGUUGUAUUAUUAGCUGAUAUUAUGCCAUCUUUUACAUUCAAACUAGUUGCGCCUUUUUUCAUUCAUUUAAUUCCUUACAAAACACGGUUAUUUUCCCUUGUUGGGUUAUCCAGUACCGGUAUGUUACUAAUAUCAUUGAGUUCACAACAGGCAAUUGUGGUCAAGAUAUUUGGCAUUAUGCUAGCUUCGUUAUCGUCGGGAAUGGGAGAAGUGAGUUUUUUGCAAUUGACGCAUUUCUACACUGGUGGUAAUGCAGAUGGCGAUAGUUCUAUCGGAAUUAGUGGAUUUUCUAGUGGAACUGGUGGGGCUGGACUUUGUGGUAGUUUCUUGUUUAUGUUGAUGACCAAUAUGUUGGGUAUACCAGUGACGAUUGUUUUAUUGUUGUUUGCCAUUUGUCCUUUGGGAUUCUUGGCCACUUAUUACUUGCUACUUCCGCUUCCUGAUCACGAAUACCACGAAAUCGAGGAUACCUUGUUUGAUGAAAGUAGUGAAGAAAUUGGCAUUGACACCGGUCCUGUUGAUUUAGAGCUGUCCACUAUUGCGCUCAUCACCCAGCAUUUCAAAACCACAUUGGGAAAGAUUCAGCCAUUGAUCGUGCCAUUUAUGAUCCCAUUGAGUAUGGUGUAUAUUUCUGAAUACGUCAUUAAUCAAGGUAUUGCACCAACUUUAUUGUAUCCCUUGGAAGAUCUUCCACGUUGGCUAUUUACAUCGUACAGAGAUAUCUAUGUCGUUUAUGGUUUCUUGUAUCAACUAGGAGUCUUUAUUUCGAGAUCUUCAAUAUCCUUUGGUAUACGAAUCAAGAGACUUUACUUGCUUUCUGUACUUCAAUUUGUCAAUGUCAUCAUCACCAUCAUUCAAUCAGUGUAUGACUUUCCAUUCACAUCAAUAUGGCUACUUUUAAUAUUAAUUCUCUACGAAGGUCUAUUAGGAGGCUUUUCUUAUGUCAAUACAUUUGUUUCAGUUAGUGAAGGAGUACCCAAAACCAAACGAGAGUUUAGUAUGGGUUGUGUUAGUGUUAGUGAUGGAUUGGGAAUUGCAAUUGCUGGUUGUAUAAACUUGUGGCUCGAAAAGAAGUUAUGUGGGUUGCAGGUGGAUAGAGGAAGAGAUUGGUGCUUGAAUGGGGGUUCAGUAUGA